AUGGCAAUGGACAAUUACAGAACCCACCACAACAUGAAGAUGGCCGGUGAGCGGCACCCAGGGACGGCGGAAAACGGCGGUUUGGGGCUCGCAGUGCUGAGAAGGGAUCGCUGCCUUCCCCUGGACGGGCUCCCAUCCCCGGGGCUGCACGCGAGGGACGACAAGGGCGGCGGGGCGAGGGGGCACCCGGAGCCUCCGCGUUCCCCUCCCCCGUGCUCCCGGCUCGGCUCAGGGGUCGGAGCUCUCGCCGGCUGCCCAAGGGGCCUCGCUCCGGGUAGCGGGGGCCUGGGGAGCGGGGUACCCCGGCCUCCCGGGCCUGGGGACGGAGGAGGGCUGGGCUCACUCACCUCGGCGGGCGGCAGGCGCCGCCGGCUCUGCAUGGCGAACGGGAUCCCCCCGGGGCCGCCGCUCCUCCAGCUGCCGCCGCUCGCUCCCGGGCGGGCCCCGCAGCCCCCGCGAGCGCUGGAGAGGCCGGCGCCCGCCCUCACCGCCCGCCAGCCGGGCUCCGCUCGCUGGCUCCGCGGCCAAGGCCGCCGCAGCUCCCGGCAGGCAGCGCCCCCUGGCCGGGCCCGGCGGCAGCGCACGGCACUGCGGCACCGGGGAGGCAGUGCGGAGCCUGACGCACCCCCGCCCCGCCACCUCCGGAUCGCACGCCCAUACGUGCACCCAGCGGGAGCGACGCGGCUUCUGGGAGCCGCCCGCUAAUGGCAGCACAUAGAAACCGCCGGGAGCUCCGCGCUUCACGGCUCCGAAUGGCAGCCGGGGACGCCCUACGCUGCGCCGACACCGCGGUCCCUGCACACAGAGUAGGCACGGCGCCAUCCGCUCAAAUCAGCCCCAGAGGGGAAAAAAACCCACACCGGUUCUUCACAAAAGCGAACUCAGAAGUGCGAUGGCAAAGUAACGGGUACGCGGGGAGCCAUCGCUCUGCGCUUGGACUCUCACCGGCGCCUCUCUCCUCCCGCAGCACCGCGUCCAUCCGACGCCUCGCGUUGUGCUUUGAGGGGCCGAACAGCCGCUGCCUCCCGCCCCGGCUCCGGCUGGAACCGCCGCCCUGUGCCGGGCGGAGCCUCAGGGCCCGGCCUGGGCCUCGCGCCUCAGCCGCGUGUACCGCGCCCCGCCCGCGCUCACGGCCAACGGCCGACAACGGCUCCGGAGCGCCUCAGCAGCGCUGAGAGAACGGCCCGCACCGUGGGCUGCCCUGGGCUCCGUGAGUGGAAAUCUAAAGGAAGCACCUAGUGUUUGGUCAUUGAUUCUGGUAGAACGAUGCGCUUUUCAAGUAGAAAAUAAGUGUUACACCCCAUUAACUCAAUCAUCGAUACACAGGCAAAGAGCUGAGGAGAUAAAAAAUGCUAAUCAAAUCUGGUAGCAGCGCAUUAAGUGGAAUUUGUUUUCUCCCGUAAAGCGUUCCUGGUUAACCCCAACGUGCUGUCUCUGGCAAUUAGUGGUGUCAUGCUUGUAAAGCACCAACGAGUUCUGAUCCGUCACUGCCCUCAGAACAACCCUCACACAGCUGAACCAUGGCCUGUGACAGACAGAAGGGAAGAACAGCAUCAGCCAGCUGACGCUUCAUGCCCUCCAGCCAAGCACACACGUGUGGUUUCCCAACCACAUCCAUCUCAGAGUCACAUCACUACCAGAAUUUAGUUCUAUUUUAUACAGCUGUGCUGCUGGAUACCUGGAACGAAGGCAUCCUCGUCACCACAGUGUGCUCCCUCUGCUAAGGAACAGUUUGGGUAUGAAUAAUGAUAAACACUGUGUGCAAACAACAAUUUGGUCCCAAGUCCCAGCAAUGCCAUAGGGCACGGACCAUUUACUUGGCACGUUCAGUACAACUAUCAACAAAAUCUUCAGCUCUUUACAGUGCAUCCCCAUCAUGUCAGUGUGAGCAUCUAGCACACUGUGACAAGAAACAAGUGCCUGAUGAUACCCCAGAUGGUAGCACAGACAUUUGGCAUUGAGUUAACCAUAAGACUCACACCGUCUUUGCCCAGCUGUUGGUGAGAAGGUACCAAGGAAGAGGACAGGCUGGGGAUAUGGAGAAUCCAGCUCACACGAAGGUGGGAAACUGGAAAGAGGAUGAGGAGACCACGAUUAGAAAGGUGAGGGGAAGCUAUGGGUGCCAUAGUUGAUGGGGGGCAGCUGAGAGUUGCAGGGUCAGUACAAAGAUGGGGGUUUGUAGCAAUGUGCAUACAUUGAAAGCUGUUACAGGCAAUUUAUAUAGCAGCAGUUAUGGAGAAUUAAGGAGAAUGUUUACACUACCUGGCAAAACUUGUAGAAAAUUGAGGGGAAAAGGAAACUCAGCAAUGGUUUGAGUCUCUUACUGGAUGGAAACAGUAGAAAUGUGAACAAUAACACAGGAAGGGGGAGGAGAUCAAUAAGUGUGUUUGGUCUGCGCUUGGGGAAGAGCCAAGUGAUACACAAGUACAGUAUGAUGAUGAUGAUGGGAUACAUUCCAUUGCAGCAGGCUCUGAGGGAUAUGUUAACCAGAAGCUAAUAGCUGGGCAUCAGCAGGUCCAGGUAACCCGCGUCCAAGAGUUUUAAAAGCACUGGCACAGAGUAUCUUUAGACAAUUAAUGUCGAUUUUCAAUAAAUCUUGGAACUGGAUGAAAUAUUGCAGCAGUAUUUCAAGAGGGUAAACAAGGUGACCAGGGUAAUUAUGGCUUUCCAGACCGACAAGAAUUCUGGGUAACAUAAUGAGACCUGGGCUACAUUACAUGAUUAGAAAAGAAUUAAAGGAUGGAAACAAAAUAAAUGCAAAUUAAUGUGGAAAACAAAUCUUGCCAAAAUAAUUUGAUUUUUUUUAAUGGCGUUACAAGUUUGGUUGAUCAAGGUAAGUAGGUCUGCAAAAUACUUGGUUUCGUUAGCUUGAAACACUUUAAUUAAGAAACCAGAAUGAUACAGACUCAUUACAGCACAUAUUAAAACUGUUUAAAUCCUGGCUAACUGGCAGUUACAAAUUAGGGAAAUAAGAAGGCACCAUCAAAGAGUGUGUUUCUGUGUCACAUAGUGAUUGGUUCUAUGCUAUUCUAUCUCUACUAAUGGCUUCAAGGAGAGCAUAAAAACAUCACUUACCAAGUCUGUGAGUGAUGUAAACAAUAAAGAUUGACAAAAACAAGUCAGAAUGUAAAGUGUCUGAGACAGCUUGAUAGCAAGUAAUACGCAUUUCUAUACAGCCAGAUGUAGAAACACACACCAAAGAAUAGAGGUCAGAUGCAUAGGAUGGGAGAAUUUAUGCUCUAACAAGUUAAUGCUCGAAAACCUCGAGACUCAUCACAAAUAAUCAGAAGCAGAUGAGCAGGUGGUGCAGUGCUGUGGCCAGCAGGAUAAUAUAAUCCUUGGUUUUAUAAACAGAAGAAUAUAGAAUAAUGUCUUUAUUUUUAUCUGGCACAAGUUCCAACUGCUCCUGAAAUCUGAUAUUCAGAUUCGCUCAUAGAAAAGGUCCAGAGAAGACCAGCAAGAACGAUUCAGAAAGGAAAUCAAAACAUUCAAUCUGUUUCCACGUCUAAAA